GACCCGCUCCAAACCCAUAAUUCCCGGACCUGUACCGACCCAGACCCGGAGUAGCCAGUACAGGUACCGGUUCUGAAUGUUGAUACCCGGAACAGACCGGUACAGGUAUUGGUUCUGGCCUAUUCCCGAUCUGUACCGGACCGAAAUACCCGGUAAAUUAGAGCCAUUGAUAUUUUUUAGGAUAUUACAUCCUAGCCAUCCCUUGUAGGUUUAGUCUCAUCUUCAAACAUAGGGUAUAUCAUUUUAUUUUUUUUCGUUUUUCCCGAUCUGAACUCCUCCUUCACUGAAGAGUCUGAAGAAGAGAACAAGAACAAGUGAACAACAUGCACCAUAGAUCGUGAAAUUUCUUUGUUCAUACGUAUCAAUUUUCACCCCCCACAGAUUCAAGUGACGCUGAUGCUGUUGUUUGAGUUCUGAAAGAAGUAGAAAAGGCCUUGUAGGCCUUUGAGGUGCUAAAUGGGGAAGCGCAAAGCACCAGAUGAUUCCAAUGAUGCUGAUGGCAUUGCUCCUGUUAGUAUGACUACUCCAAAUACAAGUACAACUAUUGGAGCAGAAGUUGGAUCAUCCUCUCAAGCUUCAUCUCACACAAAUGAAGCUGAAACUACACCAACAAGUACAACUGAAGUUAGUGCAAGCAAAAAGAAGUAUGGCAAAGUGAGAUCUGGAGUUUGGUUGGAGAUGACAAGGGUAAGUGACACUCAAGCUCAAUGUCAUCAUUGCAAGGGAUUAUAUGCUGCUGACAAUGAUGUACAUGGCACUUCUGGAUUACGGAAGCAUUUGAAUAGAUGUGCAAAGAAUCCUAACAAGAAGGUAGAAAAAGGACAACAAACUCUGUUGAUGCCACCCCCAAAGCCAGGUGAAGAUGGUAAACUUGUGUCAUGUACUUACAGUUAUGAUAGGUUAAGAAGGGCUCUUGUUGAGUGGAUAAUUAAGGAUGAAAUAGCUUUUAGAGCAGUAGAAGGGUCAGGCUUUGUGGCAAUGAUGCAGGUGGCAGAGCCUAGGUUCAAGGUUCCAGGGCGUAUGACAAUUUAUAGGGAUACACAUGGACAUCACCAAAUAAUUAUAAUUAUAUUUGUGUAA